UAUAUUAUUUAUUUAGUGUUUACUGUUUUUGUUACGACUCUAGUUUAUGUAUCAUUUUAAGUGUAUAAUAUGACCGUCUAGCUCAGCAAGUUGUUUGUUGCUAAAUGUUAAUCGCUAUCAAAUAUCAAUUUUCAGUAAUUCAGCUUUAUGGCCUGUGGGCAGAGCAUUGACCAUUCCGGCAUUCAGCUUUAGCGAAUUUAAAAUUCCAGAUUUUCAAACAUUUGCAGUUUGCGUAGAAAUGGGUGCAGAUGCUGACAUGAUCCGUUAUUCCGAAAAUGAGAACUUCAAUGUUGUUUUUUAUUUACUACUGCAGUGACGUCUUAAUAAAGUAUCGGUAAUCGACUGACCAAGUUUGUUUUUGGUCAUAACCAAUAAUUUUAAGGUCUCCGUACGCUACAAUUGCACAUUUGUACCAGCCCGACGAAUUCAAGUGAACCUACUCGGCAGGGGAGCAGACAAUCGAUAUUAGUAUAUUACAAUGAGCUGUCGCUUUUCUGGCGUCAAUGUAUCACUACUUAUACUCAAUACUCAUAACGUCUGUUUCCGUAUCAAUGUGAUGUAUUGUUUACACCACGGUCUUACACUGUGAAGAACGUUUGUAAUCCAUCUGAUAGUAGCCGAACGCCGAAUCAGCCACAUAGUACCACAAAGGAUUGAUUAAAGGUUUGAAUUGAUUGCACACCUAUAUCUGUACAAUCAAAUCACAGAAUAAGUUAUUCUGUGAUCAGAAAUCGGUUUUGAACACAACCUGAACAGCUUGAGCUGUACAAACACUCCACACUAAAAACUUUGGUCCAUUAAUCCACCAAUUAAACAGUUCAUUAUCCUGAAUUCCAAAUUUUGGUUUUAUUGAAUCCGCUUCUAGUCUAUGCAAAUUGCCCGUGUCUUUCAGUGUCGGUUUCAACAUGUGAAAUCUAUGUAAUUGAUCGAGAUUUUGGUACGUGACCCCCGACGACCUAGUACUGGUUUCGCUAAGUGUGUGAUUGUGAUCAAUUUGUCACCCAUCUCUGAGUAAUAAAAUAUAUAUUCCAAAAUGACUCCAAUGAAAGAUUACAUUAAAGUUGAGGUUACUGGUGAUGCUGAUGCUGUUACCAGUGAAUUAUAUGUCGAAAACACUAUUGAAAAUCCUGCAUGGUAUACAGUCGAAGAUAAUCAUGUAUCUUUGAUAUCUGAAAAUGUUGAGAAAGUUAUAAAAGUUGAAACUGAUAUGUUGGAUGAUUGUAUGUGGGAAAGUAGGAUCGAAAUUUCUAAAGAUGUUGCCAACCAAAAUAACGUGGAGUUAUCCUUGGAAACUCAGAAUAUCCCAGUUGAUAAUAUUGAAAUGAAUCCGGAAAGUACAAGUCAUAAAAUAUUUUACUGUAAUAUUUGUGGAAAAAGCUUUGCUUUAAAUUAUCUUUUGAAAAAUCACACAAAAGAACACAAAAGACAAGUACAUUUUAAAAUUAAUAAAUGUAAAUAUUGUGGAGAACGGUUUAAGUUAAAAUUUGGUUUGAAUAGACACAUUCAAAAAUAUCACAAUCAUAUGUAUGAAUGCAAGUUUUGCAAACUUAUUUUUGAAAAAAGUAUGUAUAAUGAACACAUGAAAAGCCACGAAAAAAAUGAAGCUAGAAUUGAUACUAUUCCUAAUAUAAAAUUGCGCAAAUUAAAUGGUGUUUGGAAAAGUAAAACAAAUGUAUUUAAAUGUAACAUUUGUUUCCAAAAAUGUCAUAGUGAAAAGAAUUUAGUAGAACAUAUGGAAACUCAUAACAAUUUUCAAACACAGUGUAAUGAUUGCUUAAAGUACAUAUCAGUUUCUGAAUUGAAUAAUCAUAUGCAACAAAUACAUAAUAAACAUUUAUUUAAAUGUCAGAAGUGUAAUCUACAGUUUGAAAAACAACAGCAUUUAAACUGUCAUUUAAUUCAUUGUUUAAAAAGUUCUUCUACCAAAUGGAAUAAGGUUCGUGGUAAAUGCAAGGUGAAUUCAACAACUUGCUCUGCUUGUGGAAUUGUUUUUAAUAAUUCUUUAUCACUGAAAAAUCAUAUGACUAUUGGCUGUAAGCAUUACACUUGUAAAUAUUGUGGGCAAUUUUUUAGUUCAAGGAUUUUAUGGCUAAGACAUAUGGAUGUUCACGAAAAAGAUGAACAGUGUGUAAUGUUAACAGUAAAUACCGAUAAAACAACUACAAUUAAAGAAUAUGAUCAAACUAAGGUUGUGAAUGGUUCUUCUUGCAAUACAAAUGAAGGGCAAUUAUUAUCUAGAAAUGUUAUUGGAAAAAAUAGUUCAGAUCAAACCAAUUUAGUGAUCAGCAAUGACCACAUUGCACCACAUUUAAUGGUAAAUAAUAUUAAUUUGAAUAUUAAUAAAGAAAAAAGAUCAUGUAAGAAAGAAGCAGUGAAUAGUAAUGAGUCAAUCACACUAAAUAUAUCACAAAAUUUAAUGAUAGAUGAGAACAAUACUAAUUUAAAGCAAAAUAAAAUCUUAGUAAAUAUCAAAAAAAGAAAUGGUUCAGGUCAAAUAGAUUUAAUGAACAGCAAUGCAACAAUUGUAUCAACUGCUUCAAAUAAUUCAAUGGCAAAUGAUUGUCAUAUUAAAAAUAUAAAGCAAGAAAGAUGUUUUAAUGCAAAUGCCAAAGACAAAAAUAUUUCACAUCAAAUGAUCAACAAUCAACCAACUGUAUCGGCUGUUCCACAUAAUUCAAUUGCAAACAAUUGCCUUGUUUUAAAUAUUAAGCAAGAAAAAGACUUAUGUACAACUACUGAAGAAACAAAUAGUUCAGAUCAAAUAAAUUCAGUUAACAGUAAUGAAUCAAUUUCUACUGUUUCACAUACUUCAAUAUCAAAUAAUGUCUUAAAUAUUAAGCAAGAAAAACACAUGAGUACAAAUGACAGAGGAAGAACAAGUUCUGAUAAUAUUGAUUUAGUGAAUAGUAAUGAUUCAAUGGCAUAUCAAAACCCUAUUAAUAUAGCUAAUAGUCAUAUUGCAUCUACCAUUAGAGAAACACCUUAUUUUUGUAUUAGAAAAUUGCCUAAUAUUAAAAGUGUAUUUUACAAUGAUAAUAAUGAACAGACAUCGCAAAAUGAUGUUAUAUUUAUAUGUAGAAUUUGUAGAAAAUCUCCAGCUACAGAUAUACAUUCAUUUGCAUUACACAUGAGUGAUCACAGUGAAUGUAACAUGCAUGAAUGUAUUGUUUGUGAUAAGACAUUUACCACUGUACUUCUUUGGACAAACCAUAUGACUUAUCAUCAACAGCAAUUAGAUUUAAAUGUAUCAGCAGUGCAAUAUAAUCUUAUAGGAACUGAUCCUAAUACAUUGGCGGGCCCAAUUAAUUCUGGAAAUACGGAACCUCAAGUUUGUACAACUUCAAGAAAUAGGAAAUUUAAGACAUCUUCAUCGAAUGAUUCAUAUUUAGAUAUAAUAAGCUUGAAUAAUAGUGCCAAUAAAAUAAAAAAUCAAUAUGACUGUAGUACAUGUAAAAAAGUAUUUCCUUCCAAGGUUACAUUAAAAGUUCAUCAUCAAACUAAUCAUAAUAAAGCACAAUCAUUUUUCUGUAGGUAUUGUGAUAGAAUAUUUUCUGGAAGGGGUCAAUGUACAAAUCAUGAAAAAUCACACAUUGGCUUAAAUGAAUUAGUUUUACAAAAUAAUGAGGAUAAUAAUCCAGAAUCAAUUGUAAACCAAAACAACAUAAGCAUAGAAAAUAAUAACAUUGAUUCUGAGACAAGGUCAAUAAAACAUAAAAAUAAAAUAAAAUUAUCGACUAGAAAAAAUUAUUGUAAUUUAUGUAGAAGAAAAUUUACAAAGCGCUGUUAUUUCACAAAUCAUAUGCAAUUAAAACAUAAUAUAAAGACAAACUCAACAAAACAACUUACAUCAAUAGAUUGCAGAAAGCCAAUUGUUCUAUCUAAAAACAUAGAGUUGACUAAUAAAUAUAAAAACAAAUUAUCAGUUCCAGUAGAUAGAGAUUUGAAUAAUCAAAAUGAAAAGAAAUCAACAUUUUGUACCAUUUGUAAUAAAAAUUUUGCACAUCUUGGUGCCUUAACCAAUCAUAUGAAUAUUCAUUCUGAUCAUAAACUAUAUAAAUGUCAAUAUUGUUCUAGAAAAUUUAGAAGAGAAGGUCCUUAUAUAAUGCACGAGAAAAAGCAUGUAUUAAACAAUGAAAUUAAAAGUGCUCCCAAUCAAAACAGGAAUAAUAUAACAGUUGAAGUUAAUGAAAAUUGUAACGAUUUUCAUUUGGUUCAUAAUCCAGUGGAUGGAAAUUCAAAUGGUACAAAUUUUAUUAACUCAAAACAUUUAUGGUUUACCUGUGAUGUGUGUGAGAAAAAAUUUUCUACUCCAUUCUUAUUGAAUAUACACCGAAAGUCACAUCCUGAUGUUGUGCCAUACAUAUGUAAGAUUUGUAAUAGAUCAUACUCAUUGAAAUUUCGAUGGAAUUGGCAUUUAAAAGAACAUUACGUAAGACAUUAUAGUAAACAACAUACUAAUAAUCUUAAAUCAAACAUUGGUAAACAAAAGAUUGGAUCUAUACAUCAUCAAGAUAAAAUGAAAUGUCGAUAUUGUAAAAAAGAAUAUAACUCAAUAUCUCAGUGGAAAAAACAUAUGACAAUGAGCAAGGAAUGUCGUCGCCAUUGUAAAAGUAAUCUUCCAGAAUUUACAUCAAAUCAAGCUUCAAAGAAAUCUACUAAAUCUUGUCGAUUUAAAUGUAAUAUUUGUCAGAAAACAUAUAGUACCUCUUAUAAUCGAUCAGUACAUAUAAAAAAUGUUCACAAUAAGUUAGAUACAACAGUUUUAAAUAUUCAUAAUAAUACCAGUUUUCAAAAAGAAAAACCAAUAGAAAUAAUUCAACAGAAACCAGUGAUUAAGAAAGGAAAUAGAAGUAAUUACAUUAAUAGCACUAAAUGUAAAUUAUGUGGUAAAGUAUAUAGUAGUGCAGCUAAUUUAGGUCGCCACGUAUCUAUAAUUCACACAAAUAGUUAUAAACCUAUGACCUGUAAUGUUUGUGGAAAGACAUUUAAACACAAAUUUUCUUAUAGAGAACAUUUAAAAACUAAACACAAAAAAUUAUUUAAAAAUUAUGAAGAAAUAAACUGUAAAAAUAAAAGAACCAACAGGAAAGUUAUACCAAUGAAUAAAAAAGGAAUUACGAAAUACUUUUGCAAAAUUUGUAAAAUUAAGUUUGCAGACAAUAUUACAUUACAAGAACACUCAAAGAUGCAUGUAGUAAAUAUGUAUAAGUGUAAAGACUGUGGUCAACAAUUUGAGACAAAUGUUACUCUGGGUAAUCAUAUUUUAGAAAACCAUAGUGCUAAUAUUUCUACAUUUAAUAAAAAUAAACAUGUUGAGAAUUAUGAGAGUCAAAAUGCGUCUCAAAAAGUAAUUAAUAAUAACCCUGCUCAAUGUAAAGUUUGUUUGAAAAUCUUAAAAGACCCUGGAUAUUUACAUGAACACAUGAGAUUACACACAGGUGUCAAACCAUUCAAAUGUGAUAAUUGUAACAAGGCUUUCAGAUUUAAAUCAAACUUAAGAAUGCAUCAGAAGAAAAAUCUGCCAUGUUAUAUUCCAUAAUAUUAUAUUAAUGUUCUAAAAUAUAAUUUUUUAGCCAUUAGAAAUUUUAAUGCAUUUUGACUUAUAUGGCUUGGACUUAUUUUUAUUGUUAUAACUAUUUAUACACUAUAGUUAAA